AUGAAAUCGUUAAGGCUAAUGUUAACUCAAUGCAAAUGGAGAACUUGCUUCUUUACUACUUUUAUUGCUAUUUUCUUUUGCUUUUGUCCUGGAAACCUUGCCGAGUCAAAUAUCCAGAAUGAGCAAGAUUUACAGGGCACUUACAAAACAGCAUUAUCAGGGUAUUCUAACUAUCCACAGCAGCACCAAAUCAAAAAGUACAAAUUCGAUAGCCAUGCUAAAGAUCCAGUUUGUGGUUUACCUGAAGACCGAGAGGAGUACUUGGAACUUCUUUCUAUUACUAGACAAUUCGAGUCUACUCUUUUACAUAAAGUACCUAAAGGAAAGCAACUAGCUCAACUUAUCCCGGUUGAGCUUUUUUGUGCACAAAUGCAGCCAAUAUUCAAAUGUUUACUACGAAAAAACUCUUCAUCAAGCUCUAAGGAUCCCCUAAAUCUUGUCUUCAAGACUGCUACAGGACAUACUUGGCUGGUUUUUAAAGGUUCUCAUGCUAAAGUGGUUGCAGGAUAUAUGACAACUCCAUCGCAUGGGUAUCACAUUGAAGAUGACUUCCAGUUUAUUUCUGAUAAGUACAAUCAAGAUGAACGCAAAUUUUUGUAUGUAAAUAAGGAUGAAUCUUUACAUUUUGAUGCAAAUUCUGAAUUUUACAAAUUUUUCAGACCUAGAUCAACUCCUAUGUCUAAUCUAAGAGUAUUUUUUCACGGAAAUGGAAUAUACGACCCUGGUUGGCUUAAAGAUGGAGUUACAAUUCAAGUGGCUAUUAAAGGUCAGAUCAUUAAGAACUUUCAAAGAUGUGAAACUUUUUGGAAUAGAGAAAAAGAGUAUACUUUGUUUCUUUCCUCCUCUGAAGUUUGGAAAACCUACCAGGGAUAUGUUAACUUUGUCCCAGGAGUAUUUUCAUUAUACUCAAUCUCUGUCUCUAUGACUGAAACUUCUAAUACUAAUUACUUAAAGGGUACUCAUCAACAUAAUAAGGCCUUAAAUAAACAAAAUUUAGUUUCAACAAAGGUGGAUUCUAGUCAGAUUAUUUCUGAUUUGAAAAAUAAAGACAGCCAAUUUUCUGAGUUUUUAAUCAUGGAGUACUCUCAUGGCAUGAAGUUUGAUGGGUUUAAAAAGAGACUUAAAUCUUUAGCUGCAGUUUAUUACUACAAUCUUACUGAUGACUGGCAGGGAUGGUUCAAUAAUAGCUUAUUCUUAUUAUAUAUGGGUUUUUCCAUCAUUUCUACAUUCUCCACAACUGGUAGAUAUCUUUAUAUGCAUUGUGAUUUACAUGGAGACAAUAUAAUAAUCCAAAAUGUCCCAACUAUGACUCUUUCCAGAAUUUUAUUUACUAAUAUGCAAAAACUUGUUAAACUUGAAAAUGUUAAGAUUAUUGACCAUAUGUUUGUUUGGACACCAAAAAAUAUUGGAGAUAGAAAUCGAUCAAUUCCAUGUACUGAUUUACAAGAAAUUUCUGUAACUGAUACUGAAUGUCUCACAGCUCUUUUAAUUGGACCCUUAUUCAGAUGGGACUAUUAUCCGUUUGAGAUUGCUCCAGAAAGCACUGAAAACUUUAAGAUGAUUAAUAAAAAGGCCAUGAACUUUUUUGAGAAAAUCAUGAACAUUCCUGAAUGGAGACGUAUAUCAAGUUAUUAUGUUGGGAAGGCCCCAGAAUGGUAUCGCCAAUGGAAGAGAUUUGGUUCCAAAUCUAGUGAUGUUUCUAUUAACACUUUUAAUGAACAAUUUGAGGGUAUUAUGAUGGUUUGUGAUUAUCUCCAGGAUUUCAUGGCUGAAAAUGGAGUUUUACAAAGUUCACCUUGUGUCCAGUUCCAUUCAUAUUUGAGAGGAUAUGCCAUGUUUAACUAUAGAGCAAUGCGUAUUGGAUAUUGUGUAAAGCAACACAUUUCAGAGAUUUUAUCAAACUUAAUAAAUACUGAGACUAAAACAAUCUCUGAUCUUAGAAUCUCUUAUUGGGAUUUGUCUAGACUUUCUCUUUUGUUUUAUUGGAAUUUGUUGGCAAGCAAUAUGGAGACAUGUUUACCAUCUCAUAAUGAAAAACAAGGUUUUGUAUUCGAAUUUGGAGGAGUGCAAGCUGUUUUAAAGAACGAAAAAUGCUCUGUUAUAAAGCAGUGUAUACUAGAGGAAAAUCGGAUAAACAAAGCCAAGUUACAGAAAUUGGAUAUUGUAAAUGAUAAAAUAAAUGGUUAUAGUAUUUAUAAUAAAGGUCCCAGCAAAUCUUUAAAAAAUAGUUACGAUAGUUUUAUGAAACAUAUAAGGAGCCAAGAAUUUAAAAGUCAGAAGAUUAACUCUUCGAACAGAGACCUCCAAAAUCUUACUCUGGAAACAAUUUCUGUAUUGAAUGGUGAUUUAGGAAAAGGGAUUUCAAAUAAGGCUACUAAUAUUAUUGAGACAAAAAAUGCCUUUGAUUAUGAAGAAUUUUUACUUGACAGAUGGAUUUUUAAUCUUUAUUAUCAGUCUAAUCUUUCUCUUUCUCUGACUCUUGUUGGUCUCAGAUUCUCUUUUAGAGUUGAAUCAUCUUUUACUGGAAAAAGAGGACAGCUAAAUACUAUUUUAAAGUUUUUGAAGGGAAGCGCUUCUAUUUUGGAUAUAACUUCGAACGGAACAAGAGAUAUGUCAGAGAAUGAGAUCCUACUUUCAUGUGAGAUGUUUUAUAAAACUUACUAUGAGAUUGCAAUUAAAAAAUACAUUGAUGACAGUAAGAACAGAGAAAAUUGCAGAAAGGUCGUAGAAGGAAUAGAAUCUGACCGAAAUUAUAAACGCUUUAAAUCCAGUCCUAAAUUUAAUUACUAUUCUGAAGAUAUUAAAAAUUCUCUCUUUGAGUCUAAUGGUCAACAGAAACUAAAGAUAAUUCAUCCGAACUACAUUUGUAAAUACGACUUUCUUAAUUUUAACACCAAAGCUUCGCCGAAUAACGAGAUAAUUAGACAAGGCUUUUGCAAUAUUCUCAUAAAGCCACUGAAUUACAUUGAUAUCAAAGUUUAUUAG